GUUGCCGUCGCUCGGGAGUGUUGCCCGGACUCUCACGCGCUGCGGAGGGCGGGCCGGGGGCGCAGGGAAGGAGGAACCGUUGUGCGUCUGUGCUUGCGGGCGGCUCGUGUAUGUGCGUGUGAGAGGGGCGGCGUCUACGGGCGUCUCGCGCAAAUCCUGCCAAAAAUGUUCGACGUCUUCGGCAAACUCGGGGCGCUGCUCAAGAUCGACCCCGUGAGCAUCGACAACAUCACCUUCCGCUUCCACUACAAGGUGACGAUGAUCAUCCUCGUCACCUUCAGUCUCUUGGUGACGAGCAGGCAGUACUUCGGCGACCCGAUCUCGUGCAUCGGCGACGACUUCGAGACCGAGGCGAUCGACGUGUAUUGCUGGAUUCAGUCGACGUUCACCAUCCCGGCGCUCACGGGGGCCAUCAUCGGCGUCGAGGUGGCCCAUCCCGGCGUGGCCAGCUUGGGCCAGGCCGAGGACCAGUACGUCGUGAGGCAUCACAAGUACUACCAGUGGGUGACGCUCUUUCUCUUCUUCCAGGCCCUAAUGUUCUAUAUGCCACGAUACCUCUGGAAGUGCUGGGAAGGUGGGCGUGUCAAAGCCUUAGUGGAGAACCUGAACACGCCCGUAGUCACGCCCGAGGAGAAGAAAGAGAGGCUACACAUAGUCUUGGGCUACUUCAGUCGGUAUUUUCACUACCACGACCUCUACGCUUAUCAGUUCUUCCUGUGUGAGAUUAUGAAUUUCGUGAAUGUCGUUGGACAGAUCUACUUCACGGAUAGGUUUCUAGACUACGGCUUCUCAACCUACGGCACCAGAGUCCUCGAAUACACAGAACAGGACAUAGGCAGUCGUCACGAUCCCAUGGAUGAAGUUUUCCCGAAGGUGGCCAAGUGUACCUUCCACAGGUUCGGUCCUUCGGGGACUAUCAUGAGGCACGAUGUUCUGUGUGUUUUGCCCCUGAAUAUCCUUAAUGAGAAGAUCUUUGUGUUUCUGUGGUUUUGGUUCAUCAUCGUCGCCGUGAUCUCCGGCUGCGGCCUCGUCUACCGCAUGGCCACGUUCUCCUCCAGUUUCCGGCACCUUCUGCUUCGAGGACGAUCUCGUCUGGCACUCGCCGAACAGCUGGAGUCCAUCUCGAAGAAGUGCCAAAUCGGUGACUGGUUUCUGCUUUAUCUCUUAGCCAAAAACAUGGAUCCUUACAUCUACAAAGACUUCAUUCGGGACCUCGACUCAACACUACCAGAAAAGGACCUCAAAGCAUGAAAAAAAUGCAUGAAUUUUAUCGCAUGAAAUAAAAGUACACGCAUUUCAUCGAGUGAAAAAGUAUAUGUAUUUUAUCGUAUGAAAAAAGUAUUUUGUCGAGUUAAAAAGUACAUGCAUUUCGUCGAGUUAAAAAAAAAGUAUGUAUUUUAUCGAGUACUUCAUUACACAGAAAAAAAUUACAUGCAUUUUAUCUCAUAGAAAAGUACAUGUAUUUUAUCGUACAAAAAUAGAUGUAUUCCAUCGCAGGGAAAAAAAAUACAUGUAUAUUAUCGAACUUUCGUGACUUAUCAAGGCAAUGAAAAGUAAAACUAGAAUAUUGUUGUUAUUAUUAUUUAUUGUUUGUUUAUGGAGAUCUGGUAACACUGCUGAUGAGUUUAGUUCGUUGUUUGUGUUUUAAUUACGAAUUGGAUUUUUAUCUAAUAAAUUAUUUUUCAGGGAUGUUUAUUUGAAGACCAGCGACUAUCUGUCUGUCAGUCUGUCUGUCUUUAUCUAGCCAUCUAUCUAUCAGUUUGUCUAUGUAUUUAUCUCUCUAGCCACCUGUCUAUCAGUCUGUCUAUUUAUUUACCUAUCUAACCAUCUAUCUAUCGGUCUAUCUCCAAGUCUGACGUCCAAAUAUAUGACUAUAUAUAUAUAUAUAUAUAUAUAUAUAUAUAUAUAUAUAUAUAUAUAUAUAUAUAUGAAUAAAUAUAUAUAUAGUCGUUUUUGAUAAUUCAUUUCGUAUAUUUAUAUGCAUUAUUUCCACAAACUUUAACCAAAUAAAAAAAAUGUGUUCUUACUCGGAGACAAAAAUAAUGUUAUCUUUCAACGCAGACGAUAUAUUGAACUCUCAGUGACGCAAAUUUAAUGAAUCUAACUUCAUUUCUUUUCCAAAAUAAUAUCAAUCCUGUCUUGCCUUGAAGAACGACCACAACACGAGAAAUCUUGGUAAAAGUUGCUCGCCAAAAUACCCCCCCCCCCCUUUGGUGUGGUAUGGAAACUUUUUUUUACGAUCUAUUAACUGGUAUUAUCUAUCACAGUCUUUUCCUUGUGGAUGAGGAGAUGUUUGAAAGAGAUUUUGUUAUUAACACUGAUUGAUUAAAGGAUUCUCAAUGAUGCUAUAAAAGAGGACAAAUAAAGAACAGUGAUUCUGA